AUGUACAAAUCUGCGAUGUACAGGUUGCUGAUCAAUCGCCUCAAAGCGAAUGCUCAAUCUUUCACUGGUCCCUACAGCUUCCUCGAGCACUACUCUUAUGGACUUGGUGCUGAUGACCUUACUGCGUAUGGAGAACAAGAAAUGAAACGAUCCGGGAAAGUAUUUUAUGCUCGAUACCAUAACUUAACUCGGAACCAGCUGCCAUUUAUUCGUGCAUCCGGCCAAGAUCGUGUGGUUCAAUCAGCAGAAAGGUUCUCCGAAGGCUUUCAUGACGCAAACCUUGCCAAUGAGACUGCAGCGGAGACACAACCUAGUCCAACAGUCGCCGUCAUCGUAAGCGAGGCAGAUGGCUCGAACAACACUCUGAGCGUUAAGAACUGUCCGGCAUUCAGCCAGAAACCCAACAUAGAUGUAGGGAUCAAUGCGCAGGCAAGAUGGGCUGCCAUCUUUGCACCCGCCAUACAAACUCGUUUGAACAAUGACUUGAUGGGAGCAAAUCUCAGCGUUGGCGAGGCGAUCGAGUUGAUGGACCUCUGCCCAUUCGAAACCGUUGCCAGCAAAGGUCCAUCCUCGUUGUCGCCAUUUUGCGGUCUGUUCACCGCGAUGGAAUGGAAAAGCUACGACUACUAUCAGGCGCUCAAUAAAUACUAUGGUCAUGGCACGGGCAAUCCGCUUGCACCAACACUAGGAGUUGGUUUUGUUAACGAGCUGAUCGCCAGACUCAUCCACAGCCCGGUACACGAUCGUACAUGCACGAAUCGUACAUUGGACUCAUCGAACGCCACCUUCCCAGUAGAUGCCAAGCUGUACGCUGAUUUUAGUCAUGACAAUGAUAUGGAAGCUAUCUUUGCGGCGCUGGGCCUGUAUAAUGCCACAGAUCCCUUGCCGGUAUCGUCAAUUCAAGAUGCAGAGCACUCAGACGGCUUCUCCGCAUCAUGGACGGUACCCUUCGCUGCGCGUAUGUACGUAGAGAAGAUGAGAUGUGGUGCAGAUGGUAAGGAGUACAUACGUGUUCUUCUCAACAACCGAGUCAUGCCCCUCCAUACCUGUGGCGCCGAUGGUCUCGGUCGCUGUACGCUGGAUAGCUUUGUUCAGAGUUUGAACUUUGCUAGAGGUGGAGGGCGCUGGGAGAGGUGCUACAUCAGCUGA